AUGGACGCCACCUCCAUUAACCGGCUCGACAGCCGCCACAUCCAGAACCACUCGGAUGCAGAUGCCUUCGAGCUGCACUGGGGCUAUCCCAACCGCGUAGUUCCCUGCAAGAACGAUGCCGGAUCCUGCGCCUAUCUCGACGUCGUCUACAACGCCCACGACCUCGGCAUGCUCUACACCGGCAUCUUGUGGGCAACACUCGGCGCCAUCCUCUUGCUAUCGGCCUGCCUCAGGAAUCUCGGCCGACCGGUCUUGCAGGCGGGAUCCGGACGGGCCCGGGGCGGACUCCACAAGAUCCGCGCGACUCUCGCCGCCCUCCGCCGGCGCUACCUCCUCCCCGACGCCAACCACUUUCUCUUUGGCCGCACCACGCGCCUCCAGGUCUCCGUUUUGGCCAUCCUGGCCGGAUACCUGCUCGUGCUGAGCUUCGCCGGCAUUGUCUACAACACGUGGGUUACGCCGGUCAAGAACAAGCCCGGUAUCUUCAACACCAGAACGAGCUUGGGCCCCUGGUCCGACCGGGUCGGCGUCUUGGCCUACGCCCUGACGCCCCUCUCCGUCCUCUUGAGCAGCCGAGAGUCCCUCUUGUCCGUCUUGACCGGCCUGCCGUACCAGACCUUCAGCUUCUUGCACCGAUGGCUCGGCUACAUCAUCUUCGUCCAGAGCGCGCUCCACACCGUCGGCUGGUGCAUCAUACAAAUUCGACUCUACCAGCCGCAGCCAACCGUUGCGCUCGAGUGGGUGAAACAGCCCUACAUCGUGUGGGGCAUCGUGGCCAUGCUCCUGCUCACCCUCAUGUUUGUCCUGAGCACCCCGUGGGCCAUCCGCCGCACCGGGUACGAGUUCUUUCGCAAGGCCCAUUACGUUCUGGCCAUGGUCUACAUCGGCGCCUGCUGGGCGCACUGGGAAAAGCUCCAGUGCUUCCUCAUCCCCUCGCUUCUCCUCUGGGGCUUGGACAGGGGUGCUCGCUUCGUCCGCACCGCCCUCUUGCAAUACCAUCCCUGGGCUUCUGACGGCCUCAAGCCCAGCUUCAGUUCCUCGCAGGCGACCAUGACGCGAUUCUCGGGCGACCAGCACGGCGAUGUCAUCCGCCUUGACUUGGACAACGAACAAGAUCCCUGGGUCAUCGGGCAGCACUUCUACCUUUGCUUCGCCGAGUGCAGCAUCUGGCAGUCGCAUCCGUUCACUCCCUUGAAUGUCCCAGUUCUCCGGGACGGGCGCGUCCGGCAUUCCUAUAUCGUCAGAGCGAAAUCAGGAGAGACUAGAAACCUAGCAGGCCUUGCUGCCCGCAAGCAGUCAACGGAUGAGUCCACCAAGAGUUCGUCGUACGAUCCCACGACUUCGGUAAUUCUAACGGGUCCGUACGGAGAGGAUCUUAUGGCCAGAGUGGCCCCGAGCCACGGAAGCAACGCCAACAACAUCAUUUGCGUGGCCGGAGGCACCGGAAUCGCCUAUGUGCUCCCUGUCCUGCUCCAAUUGGCACGACAGCGACCGAUGCCGGAUCGCAGGGUCGAGCUGAUUUGGGCCAUGAGACAUUUGGACAACGUGGACUGGGUGCGGGAGGAAAUGGAUUCGCUGCAAAGGUCGCAGACGGCGCUGAAUUUGAGGAUCCGACUCUUUGCCACGAGAGACAGCGACUCUACCGCCGCUGCCAAGACCGAUGCCGCGACGGACUCUUCUUCGAAUAACGCCGGCGGAUGCGACGACGACCUGUCCGUUCAUCGCAUCGGCGGGACCGGCAGCAAUAGACACCCCGACCUGCGCCAGCUGCUCGGCGACUUCGUCGAUUCCACGAUAUCGGGCCGGACGACGGUCUUUGCUAGCGGCCCCGGAGGCAUGAUUACCGACCUGCGGAACAUUGUCGCUUCUCUCAAUUCCCCAUCUAAAGUGUGGCGGAGGCAAGAAAGGUUUGACGUUGACCUGGUGUGUGAUGAUCGCAUGGAAUGGUAG